CCCCCGCAAAGCACCCUGGGAAAUGCGUCUCCCCCAUGCUCCAAGGAAGGACGGUGAGUCUUCCGGGCUGCCCGGCCACGCUCCGGCAGCAUCCUCUCCCGACGUUUCGCCCACACCCAGGGCAGGCAGGGGUUGGAACUAGACGACACAGAGAAGCCAUGGAGAGGAAUUAUUAACCAAGGCCAGGAUCAAGACAGUCAAGAAUGGGCAAUACUUUGGAAACGGGCAGGGAACCACCAGGGCCAGCUAACACCUCCUCCCAACAGGGGAUUCCCCCAGGCAGGAAGCAGCCGGGCUUUGAAGCUGAGAGGCCAUUCAAAUGCUAGUAAUCAAGGUCCUUAAUGACAACAUCCACACCGGCCUCCAACAGACAAGAGUCCUUUCCUUCUUUCCCAUCCGGGGCCUCAUUCCACAAGGAGAGACAGACAGGCACAAACCCCACGGGCCUCGUUCCCAACAGGCCUCGCCACCUCUGCGGAUGCCUGCCUGCGGUACAUACAUAAAUUAAGGGGCCCUGAUCCUGAGCGGAGCGGCCUCCUCAUCCUCCCCGUCGUCCUCUUCCUCGGUGUCCCCCUUGAGCUGCUGGUUCGUGGAGGAGGGGUCCGGAGGGGGCUCCGUGAUGCCCAGCGCCCUCAGCCAGCGCCCGGCCCUCCUCCUCCUGGGCCCCCCGGGAAGAGGGGCAGGAGGGAAGCUGGGCCCGGGCCAGGCGGAGGCCCUGCUGCCCCCCCAGGUCCAGCCCGGGAUGGCCUUCCACGUCGUCGACCCUUCGGGGACGUUAUGGAGCAAAGGCGGUGUCCUUGGUGGGGGUGGCGGUGGGGGCGAUGUUCCCAGGCCCAUCUGGUUGCAGCCCAGCCCCAGUCACCAGGCGGAGGAGGAGGACGACGAGGAGGAGGAAGGAGGGGGCUCCGCAGAGGGCGUGUCCUGUGAGGUGAACCCGUACUCCCCGCAGGAGGCCCACGUCUCCUGGGCAGCCGGCCUGGGGGGCGAGGAGGGCUGCCCCCGCUCCCUGGACGGAAAGUGGUUCAUCGCCUCCCUCCGCAGCCCCACAGCCGGGUACGGGGUCAGCGCCAUCAUGCAUGCCAGUGGUCUGCCUUCUCCGUCAUCACCACGGAAACAUCAGGAGGAGGCCAGCGUGGUCACCACUGCGACAGUGGUGCUGUCGGUCUUCACGCGGACCCCGCUGCUCUCCUCCCGCCUGGGCCAGGACGUGCUGCUGGACUGCGGCUUCUCGGGUCCCUCGGGAGUUCCCUUCUCGGUGGAGUGGCGGCACCAGCACGGCGGAGCGGGGCGCGUGGUCCUGGCCUACGACGGGGCAGCCCCCGGGGGAGGGAGGGUCUCCGUGGCAGAAGAGGGGGCCCGUCUCUUCCUGGACCCCUCGACGGGGAAUGCCUCCCUGCAGCUGCGGGCGGUGGGGCCUCACCACGAGGGCAUCUACAUCUGCACCCUCUUCCUGCCCCACCUCCACGCCCAGCAAGCCGCCCGCCUCCGCGUCCUGGAGCCCCCCAGGGUCUCCCUGCGCCCGUCCCCCCUCGUGGUGGUGGCUCCCAACUCCCCGGCGGAGCUGUCCUGUGAGGUCUCCGGCCACUUUCCGCAGGGCGCCUCUGUCACCUGGGGGCUGCGCGGGGGGUCCCUGGGGGGGCCGCUGCAGAGCUGGGAGUCGGGGCACCACCAGUCCCCCGAGGGCACCUUCCGCUUCACCAGCUUCGCCCGGCUGCCCCCCCUCCGCCCCCAGGACCACGGCGCCUCCGUCGAGUGCCGCGUCUCCCACCCGGCCCUCGGGGAGGGCGGCCUGCACCAGAGCGUCACCAUCCACAUCGCAGGAUCCUCAGGCCCCUCCGUGGAGGAUGCGGUGGGCUGCUUCCUCAUCGCCUUUGCCCUCUAUGGUCUUCUCCAGGCCUUCUUCCAGAAGGUGUUUCCAGAGAAACAAGCAACAGAGAAAACCAAGUCGGAGAAACUGGAAUGAACUGGAGAGACUGGGAAACCCCAACAAUGUGACAGAAAGGGGUCUGGCUGCCGAUCUCUGUUUCUUAUGUUAUUAUAAUUGUUAUUAUGGGGUUCUUUUGGCAUCACAUUCUCCUCUCUUGGGCUCUGCUUUCGCGAUUUAAUUUGCAUUCUUGAACGUUUCAUAACGACGGUUGUACAUAUACUGCUGUGGAAGUUGUUAAAAUGGCUUAAUAUUGUUA